AUGGCAAUGAUGCAAGGUCAAGCCGAAGCAUUGAAUCUCAAUAGGUUAUGGGCGAUAAUAAGGAUUUUCCCACAGUUUAACGGCUUGGGAUAUGACGAUUGGCAGUUCCGAGUGAAAAUUCAUUUGGAAUCCAAGAAUCUAUGGGAUGUUCUAACCGACGAUCCCCCAACAGAAGCAGCUCCAAGAGCAGAAUUUCUGAAGAGGGAUAAAUUAGCUAAGAACUAUUUAGUUAAUUUUAUUCACUCAGAUUACUUGAGCUAUGUAAGAGAUAAUGAAUCCGCUAAACUGAUGUGGCUAAGUCUGAAGUCAGCAUUUGCAAAGACAUCAAUUGUGAACCAAUUGUUGUUGCGAAAGCAACUGACGAAAUUGCGUAUGCAAAGGGAAGAUUCAGUGGCUUCCCAUUUGCUAACAUUUGAAAACCUGGUUCGCCAGCUCAAACUGGCUGGGUGCAAAAUGGAGGAGAACGAUGUUCUCACUCAAUUAUUCCUAUCGUUACCUGAAAAAUUCGACCCAUUGGUAAAAGCUCUUCAAAAUUUGGAUGAUGGAAAACUUACAUUUUCCAUUGUAAAAGAGAGGUUGAAGAGUGAAGAACUUAAACUUAUAGAACGCCAGGAAGAAGAAGAUGUAAAAGAAACUACAGCAUUUUCGAGUAAAAAGAAACGUCACAAAAAGAAAAAAAUUCUUGGAAAAUGCUUUAAGUGA